GAGAGGGUUCGCGCACGGACGCGUUCCGUCUCGCGUUGUGCGAGGACGUCUAGGGGGCCAAUCGCUUUCUUCCCACGCAGCAAUGUCUGCAUUGAUCAGCAAGAUAAAGGUCAGCUCAACACUCGACAGGUCAACGGGGAAGGCGAACCUCAUAGAUGGAAGCCCAGAAACGUGUUGGACGAGCCAGCAGGGCCUGCCACAAUUCGUUCAGCUCUCCUUCCAUGCCACAACAAGCCCUCAUACACUCAGUAUCACCUUCCAAGGCGGUUUUGUCGCCACAGAAUGUCACCUGCAGGUACCAGACAAGACGGGUGUGUGGAUUACAGUCCAACACCUCUACCCUGAGGACGUCAAUCGCGCCCAAGAGUUCGAGCUCGAUUCUACCAAGUUGCACGAAAUUUCCGUACUCAAGAUCGUCAUGGUCGCCAGCUCCGAUUUCUUUGGCCGGAUUACGAUCUACAACGUACAGUUGCGGUGACGACGCGUGAAUCGUGAAUCGUAAAAUCGUGCACGCUCAUGGGAAUCCGGCCCUUGUCAACAGGUAAGUAAUAUGAGCCAUCAUUCCCAGUAAUUAUUAUAUCAUAAAGGGCCCAGAUACAGCCCUUCUUCUCUUCAAAUUUAUUCAGCCUGAGACUAGUUCAUGUCGCGGCCUUCAAUCGAGC